GACCCGGGUGGGGGGUGGGCGGCCGGCAGACCCCCGCCCCCUUCCCUGGGCGCGCCCCGGGGUUCCCAGGCGAGGUUGGGCCUGGGGUCGGGGGUGGAGUCCAGGGCCCCGGCCCUGCCCAGCGGGCGGGCUUAGGCCUUGGAGCCACGCUGCCGCGGCGGGGCCAAUCGGGGAUCUGGGGCGCUCCUGGGCCGUCUUUCCCGGCCCACGGCUUCCUCCAGCAGCCGCCCAAGCCCUCGGGCUCCCGGCCACCCCCGGCCCCUAAUCGGGCCGGGCCUCCAGGCGGCGGCGACGGCAGCAGUCCCGCGAGUGGCGGCGCGGCAAGAGUGCCAGGAAAGGCUACCAGCAAGAGGAAGAGGUCGCAACCAGGGUCCCAGGGCCCAAGGGAAGCAGGCAGAAGACGCCAGGAAGACCUUGGGCUGCUCUGCCUCGUGGCCUCCAGUGAUACACACAGAAAUCACACAGAGAGGAAGAUGGGUCCCAUCUGACCUCACCCAUCUUGCUCUCUUGGUGGGGGGUAUCACGGGGCUGGGGCGCGGUGCCCAGUGGACAGCCUUGGACACAAAAGGCUCCAACUGACUCAGAUUAUCAGGAAAAGGAGAGGCCAACAGGAGGUGCUUCUCAGGGACUCUGGAGACUCCUUUUCCUCUUCCCAGGCCUCUGCCCAUCCACGGAACAGCUUGUGUUCAUUAGUUAGACUUCUUUUCCUCAGUUGAGUUCUCUGCCCACCCUAUGAGGACAGUGUUUGUGAUCCCAUUUUACAAAGGAGCAAACUGAAGAUCAGCAUAAUUUCCUAAAUUCUGCCUAAAUUCCCACCCUACUUGGGAGGUGGCAGAGCAUGGGGUGGAACCUGGCUGUCCAACUCUCCAACCGCAAGAUUGUCUUCGGAAUCACCCGGGCUCAUUUCUUUCAUAACCCUCCUGUGUGACUCCCGCCUAGCAUGUGAAUCUGAGCUCAUCGUGGGAUGGCAGCCUGGGCCUCAUACUUGUCAUGGCUUAGGAGAUGAUGAGGAUGCAAGAGGCCAGGGUUUGCAGCCCUGUCUAAAACCCAUGUGACUCUUUGAGGUUGCUGUUUUUCUGUUUUCCUUUGUCUUGAAAUAAUUACAUGUUCAUUGUCAAAAAUGGGAGGUAUCAAGUGAAAAACAAGCAUAGGCCUUAAUCCUCACCUCACAUUCCCAGGUUGAACUCACCAUUGGGCUUCCAGCUGCUUUUUUACACAUGCAAACCUCUGUGCCUCCAGCCAGCUGUCCAUCCAAACAUUCUUUCAUUCGCUGAGCUCUACCCUGAGCUCCGUUAUGUGCUAGGCCUAGGGUGGAAUCUGCAUUGUUAAAGAAAGUGAUGCUAUUCUUGCUCAGGGAAGUUCUAUUGUGAAGUAAAGAAAACAGAUCUGGUGCAAUGAAUAACAGGAACCUCCUUCAGGUGGCAGACUUGUGCUGUAGUUUUCCUUCAAGGGCAACCAGGAAAAAGAGGUGUUACCUGUACUAUCCAGGAAGAUGGAACUGUGCUUGCAAAAAUCUUGUGAGGUAGCCAGGCGUGGUGAUGCACACCUGCAAUCUCAGCACUCUGGAGGCUGAGGUAAGAGCAUUGGAAACUCAAGCCCAGCCUGGACAACAUGGUGAGAUCGUCUCAAAAUAGAGGAUAAAAAGGCUGGAGAUAUAGCUCAGCAUGAAGGCCCUGGGUUCAAUCCCCACCAUCACCCUUACCCCAUAACAUGGAGGGCGUGGGCAAAAGGGAAAGGGGAGAGAUCAGUGGGGAGGCUGUGCGUCAUUCAGCAGGAGCUGAUGAUGGGUAGAAGCAAAAGGUGGAGAGAAAUAGAGCAAGAUGUAUCAGGUGUAGCCUACUCUGAGACCACAGCCUGAAGACCAAAAUGAGCGGCUGAAGACCAAAAUGAAAAACUGACCCACAUAGUUGGGAAAUCUAGUUGUACAGUGUGCAGGUAUCAUCAGGGUUUACGUUGUGGUUUUAGGCUCUGGCUGUCAUCUCUGCCUCUCCUAAUUUGUUGGGUUCAAUUCUUUAGAUUGCCAGUGACUGGCUGCUGGCCAGACAGCCCCAGAGCUACCCUUCCUGGCAACCUUGGCGAGAAAGAGGCUUUCUUGCCUGCUCCAGGCGCGGGAGGUCCCUGAUUGGGUGCAGCUUGGAUGCCAGCCCACUCCUGAUGAGCCGCUCACUGGUCAGGGCGAGGCAGGCAGUGGGUUCUCUGGCCGGGCCAGCCUUCCACCGUGGAGAGCCCAGCUGUCAGCUGCCUCACAGGAAGAUGCUGCGUGGACCCGGCAGCCCCGGCAGGGAUGUGCGUGUGGGUGCAGCCCUGGGCCUGCUGUGCCUCUGCCUCACAGGAGCCGUGGACGUCCAGGUGCCUGAGGACCCCGUGGUGGCGCUGGUGGGCACCGACGCCACCCUGCGCUGCUCCUUCUCCCCGGAACCCGACUUCAGCCUCACGCAGCUCAACCUCAUCUGGCAGCUGACCGACACCAAGCAGCUGGUGCACAGCUUCGCCGAGGGCCGCGACCAGGGCAGCGCCUACGCCAACCGCACGAUGCUGUUCCCAGAGCUGCUGGCACGUGGCAACGCGUCGCUGAGGCUACAGCGCGUGCGCGUGGCCGACGAGGGCAGCUUCACCUGCUUCGUGAGCAUCAGAGACUCUGGCAGCGCCGCCGUCAGCCUGCAGGUGGCGGCUCCCUACUCGAAGCCCAGCAUGACCUUGGAGCCCAACAAGGACCUGCAGCCAGGGGACCUAGUGACCAUCACGUGCUCCAGCUACCGGGGCUACCCCAAGGCCGAGGUGUUGUGGUGGGACGGGCAGGGCACGCUCUUGACCGGCAACGUGACCACGUCGCAGAUGGCCAACGAGCAGGGCCUGUUCGACGUGCACAGCGUGCUGCGGGUGAUGCUGGGAGUGAAUGGCACCUACAGCUGCCUGGUGCGCAACUCAGUGCUGCAGCAGGACGCCCACAGCUCGGUCACUAUCACACCCCACAGGGGCCCCGCAGGAGCUGUGGACGUCCAGGUGCCUGAGGACCCCGUGGUGGCGCUGGUGGGCACCGACGCCACCCUGCGCUGCUCCUUCUCCCCGGAACCCGACUUCAGCCUCACGCAGCUCAACCUCAUCUGGCAGCUGACCGACACCAAGCAGCUGGUGCACAGCUUCGCCGAGGGCCGCGACCAGGGCAGCGCCUACGCCAACCGCACGAUGCUGUUCCCAGAGCUGCUGGCACGUGGCAACGCGUCGCUGAGGCUACAGCGCGUGCGCGUGGCCGACGAGGGCAGCUUCACCUGCUUCGUGAGCAUCAGAGACUUUGGCAGCGCCGCCGUCAGCCUGCAGGUGGCGGCUCCCUACUCGAAGCCCAGCAUGACCUUGGAGCCCAACAAGGACCUGCGGCCAGGGGACCUGGUGACCAUCACGUGCUCCAGCUACCGGGGCUACCCGGAGGCUGAGGUGUUGUGGCGGGACGGGCAGGGCACGCUCUUGACCGGCAACGUGACCACGUCGCAGAUGGCCAACGAGCAGGGCCUGUUCGACGUGCACAGCGUGCUGCGGGUGAUGCUGGGAGUGAAUGGCACCUACAGCUGCCUGGUGCGCAACCCAGUGCUGCAGCAGGACGCGCACGGCUCGGUCACCAUCACGGGGCAGCCCAUGACGUUUCCUCCAGAGGCCUUGUGGGUGACGGUGGGGCUCUCCAUCUGUCUCAUCGUACUGCUGGUGGCCCUGGCCUUCGUGUGCUGGAGGAAGAUCAAACAGAGCUGUGAGGAGGAGAACUCAGGGGCUGAGGAUCAGGAUGGGGACAGAGAAGGCUCCAAGACAGGUGAGUCUGGGCUCAGAGGUGGCUCUCUCGACAUGGUUGGAGGUCAUGGGAAAGGAGAGAAGACUUCAGGAACUGGAAGGGCCAGCCCUGCGGCCUCUGAAACACUCAGAAAGCAAAGAAGGAGAUGCAGACGAUGGACAUGAAAUUGCCUGACCAGGAGCCGUGGCCCCUGUUUGGGGGGCUUUACCCUCCGGCUGCACUGGGGCCUCAGAGUGAGCCCUGCCCCCACCCACGGGACGAGCUCUACCCAUCUCCAGGGCACGCGGUACACAGACCACCCUGAGGCCUUGCUUCUCUAAGAGACACGGUGCCCAAGUCCUCCUGCUGCCUUAUUUGUAGCAGACACAGUACACAGAGCACACCACCGCCUCCAAGCCACACGGAACGCCUGACUGCCUUUUUUCUACAAAAGACACAGCCUUUAGGUGCACCCCUGCCUUAUUUCUCCAAGACACACUACAUGGUCACCUCCUGCCUUGUCUUCUGGUGGCCCUGUGCACCAGUUCCCUUUUCUCAGCCCUUUCCCAACCUGCGUGGGAUCCGACGCCUCAGCAGCCUCAAGUUGAGCCUGCCUCGUCUGUUCCUCCUGCUCCUGGCCUGCACUUGGCUUUACUGCUAUGCCCAGGGGCUCCAGGCACCCUCCCUGCCCACUGUGCAUGCUGGGCCAUGCACACCCCCCAUCUGCAUGCCACCUACCCCCUCGGGAAGCAGGUGCUGGUCAUGCUGGUUCUCUGGGAAUCUGCAGAGGACGUCCUCGGGGGCAGCUUUCCACCCCCUCACCAUCCCUACACUGUACCCAGAGCAUGAGGUGGGCCAGAAGCCCAGGAAGAGCCCUGGCCUCACUGGAGAAUGAGAAGACUUCUAAGGGUCUUUCCAGGGUGAACUGGUAGGCAGGUAGCCACGACCCUCCACAUCAGUCCUUGCUGCUGGUAGGAGCCCAGGGCAAGCAGGAUGUUGGGGACACACAGGGGACUGUCUCCCACCAUGGUGCUAUCGGGGCCUGGCUAUUGAAGACACCUCCUGGCUUGUCCGUGGCCAGCCCCCAGCUGUGGGAGAGUGGGGCCUCUGAGUCCUGUGUCCUGUGGGCCUCUCUGGCACCCCCAGGAGGAGGACGUGAAGAUGUCUAAUUUAAAUGUGGGACUCUGUAUUGGGGGUGGAUCUGGGGAAAAUAAAUGCUUUUGUCAAAA